UCAUUUUCAGACACCUGUCAGUAAUAAAAAACGCUUUUGUGAAAAAUAAUAUCUACUCGCAAAUUCAAUUGCAAUAUUUUAUUACCUUUUUUAUAAAGUGCAAACCUUGAUGAGGACUUUUCAGUGAAACAGUACAUAUUAUGAAAAUACUUCUAAACGUGUAUAGUUAUAAGAAUGAGUAAAGCUAAUCCGCUAGGUUUGCUUGUAAAUUAUGGCGAUUCCGAUGAUUCCGACGAUGGUGGUUCAGCGCCCAAGAAGCCGCAAGGAAGUGUAAAGUUGCCAACAAGCUAUGCGACAAAUGAUCAUGCUUCAGCCGCCAUCCAUCCACCGCCAAUAUCACAUUGCCCUUGGUCUGCUUGUUACGAUGAGAACAGUGGUUUCACAUAUUACUGGAACCAACAUACAAAUGCAGUCACUUGGGAAGCACCUCCAGAGUAUCUAUUGGCAUUAAAAUUAGCGCAACAACAGUUGACUACAGCAGGUUCAGCAGAAGUAUCCGCGGAGGAAUGGCAAUUGUAUCAACAGGCUUUAGCGGAGAAACAGAACACGCCAGCAAAAGUAACUAAGCCUUCCGUAAAAUCUUCCAAGAAAAACGAGAAAACUUCCAAAAACAAGAAAAACCCAAAGAAAAGGCCUUCCAGUGACAGUGAGGAUGAGUACAAAAUAGAACUGAUCACAUCUUACCACAACUCAGAUUCGGAAUCCAACGACGAGCAAGAGAUCGUUAAACCGCAGCCGGUCACUCCAAAACCACCACCAAAGCAUCAGCCAAAGAAGCAGAAGACCAAUGUAGUGGAGUAUGGACCCUCGCUACCUGAUAAUCAGAGUUAUUCUGCGCCCAUAGGUCCGGAACUACCACCUGACUUGGUUGUGGAAGUGAAACCGGAAGAGAGUAAAGAAAUUGUGAAGGAAGAGGAAAGUAAAUUAACUCCCAAGCCGGUAACAAAAUCAGAUGAAGACAGUCAAGAUGAAAGUGAAUUGUUAAAGAAACUCAAAGAUAAAGCGAUGUUGUUAGAAAAACUCGGUGGUGAACUUCCGUCAGAGUUACAGAAGAUAAUAAAAGAUGACACAUCAAGAACGAAUUCACCUAAAUCAGUGAAAGAUCUAGACAUUGAUGAGUUAUUACAAGAGAUUGAGCAAAAAGAACUACCAAAAGCUAAAAGUAAAAAAGUAGACAUAUUUGAUGAUAAAAGUAUAUCGAAUUCGCCGCGUAGUCUUACCCCAAGUCUAGAAGACAAACAUACAAACGGACCGUUAUUCCCUAGUGCAGUUAAUAUAGAUGAAACUAAAAUAGUAGAUAAACCACCGCCGCCACCUCCUGAAAAGGAAAAAAAGAAGAAUAUUUAUCUUACUGAUGUAACGGAAGGCGAAACUAGGAAACUCAGGAUAUCUAAAUCUAUUCUUCCAAGGAAAGAGAAGAUAGAAGUGCCGGCGUAUACAACGAAAUAUAGUACGCAUAUUGAAGGGUUUUCAAGUGAACGGAUGGGGCUAGGUUUUAGUAACGAAGAGAAUGAAGACAGUGCUCCGAAAAAUGCUAUUAAUUAUGGCAACGGGUUGAUGUUCACGAAAGGGGAAGUAUUGAACGAAGAUAAGAAAGAUGAAGCGUUAGAUGACUUGGCGGAUUUGGUGGAAGCUAAGAUAAAGUAUCUGAUACAAGUGCAAACGGCAACGCUCACUCCGGUGCAAGAGAUGAUGGUACAAAUGCAGACGCUAGUAUCAGCGUUCCGCGCGGGCGCGCUGUCCGCGCCGUACUGGCGGCGCUGGGUGGCGGGCGCGGCGGCGGCGCUCGGCGCGCACGAGCGGGGCGCCGCGCCGCCCGGCUGGCACUGCGUCUUCCAGAGGUACGCGCCCCUAUAUAUAGACUCGCACGCACACGCGCGCAACGCGUACGCCGAUACACACGCACGCACGCGUUGUACUCCCGGGGCAUUACACGAAUUUCCCCGGGUGUGUACUAACGUGGGUAACCCGGGCAGGUCUGCGGGGCGCUACAGCUACAAGCGCGAGGCGGACGGGCUGCUGCAGUGGGAGUACCCGGCUGUGGCCAGCACGGACAUGGAGAUAUGCACUACACCGCCGCCGCCGGACAGGGAGAGUCCUCCCCCUCCCCCGCCGCCGGCGACCCCCCCUCGCGUGCCGACCCCCCCUCCCCCCGCGUGGGACGACCCGCCCCCGCCCGGCACCGACGAUGUGCCGCAAGUGCCGCUUGUGCCACAUGUGCCGAAAGUACAGCCCCCGCCGCCGCCCGAACCAAAGAAAGAGAUAGGCGACGAGCUUCUAUCGUUCUACAGCGAUAUAGCAGAAUUAGAAAAGCAUUCUUCCGGUCCACCAACAGCAUCCAACUCUCCCGAAUCCAACAGAGACAGUGAAAAGAGAGACAAAGAUAAGAGAUACAAAGAGAGUGAGAAAGAAAGGGAUAGAAGAAUCAGGGAGAGUGAAAAGGAAAAAGAGAGAAGAUACAGAGAGAGUGAAGUGAAAUCAGUGGAGAAGAUUGAGAAAUGUGAAAAGGAAAAGAGUAGACGGAAGAGUAAGGUAAAGAUCUCCAGUUCAAUAGGAAUGAAGCAUAAAACAGUGUCGUCUCUAGUCGCCAAAUGGCAACAAGUCGCAGAAGAGAUUAAUUCUGAUUGAAAAAUCUCCAUUUUAGUUUAUAUAACUUCCGUUUUGUAUCAAAAGAUGGCGCUUUAAUAAAUUUUGUAAAUCACAUCAUGAAUCAUAGAUGGCGCUGAUAUUAAAAAGUUGGAAAAAACUAAACGAUUGUUGUAAAUAAUAGGACCACUUUGUAUUAUUUUUAGUUUAAUAAAUAAUAUAUUGUA